GCGUUCCGGCUUCUGCUUCCGGGUCGGAGCCAUGGCGGUGGCAAAUUCAAGCCCUGUCAACCCGGUGGUAUUCUUUGAUGUCAGCAUUGGCGGCCAGGAAGUUGGUCGCAUGAAGAUUGAACUCUUUGCAGAUGUUGUGCCUAAGACUGCCGAGAACUUUAGGCAGUUCUGCACGGGAGAAUUCAGAAAAGAUGGGGUUCCAAUAGGAUACAAAGGGAGCACCUUCCACAGGGUCAUAAAGGAUUUUAUGAUUCAGGGUGGAGAUUUCGUUAAUGGGGAUGGUACUGGAGUUGCCAGUAUUUACCGAGGGCCAUUUGCAGAUGAAAAUUUCAAACUUCGACACUCAGCUCCAGGCUUACUUUCCAUGGCAAACAGUGGUCCCAGUACAAAUGGCUGCCAGUUCUUCAUCACCUGCUCUAAAUGUGAUUGGCUGGAUGGGAAGCACGUAGUGUUUGGAAAAAUCAUUGACGGACUUCUAGUGAUGAGAAAGAUUGAGAAUGUUCCCACAGGCCCCAACAAUAAGCCCAAGCUGCCUGUGGUGAUCUCACAGUGUGGGGAGAUGUAGUCCAGACCAAGACUGAAUUUGCUCUGGAGUGAAACUGAAUGUUGAAAUUUCUGCCUCCAUCCCCAGACUGAAUUCCAGAAGACAGAAACUGACUUGCUAUUAUUCCAUCACCAGCAUAUAGUAUACGCUUAAUAAAGAACGAAUGGAGCUAGAGGACUUCUGCCAACAUCAGGUCUCUGCCUCAAUCUUAUCGUUUGUGAAACGUAGACAGUAAUCCCUAUUUCGCA